GUGAAGCAUGUCCCCACCCUUCCUCCUGCUCAGCGAACUAGUUCACACCAGUUUGAGUGAAAGUGAAACUCAGCAGCUCCGUUUUGUGCAGAGAGGAAAACAAAGCAGUUCAGGAGAGAAAGACGCUGUGACCUGUAGGAGACAUGAGCUCCAAAAUGAGUUCCUCUGGAGAAGAACAGCACACAGAGAGAGACCAGAGUGGGCUCCAUAGAGAGAGAUCGGACUCACCUGAGCCCAGCUGUGUGUCCAUGAAGAGUCACGAGUCGAUGGAUCAUCCAUUACGCUUCAGAGAGGGAGAUGGUUCUCCUGCUGAGAGUGUGCUCCAUAGAGAGAGAUCGGACUCACCUGAGCCCAGCUGUGUGUCCAUGAAGAGUCACGAGUCGAUGGAUCAUCCAUUACGCUUCAGAGAGGGAGAUGGUUCUCCUGCUGAGAGUGUGCUCCAUAGAGAGAGAUCGGACUCACCUGAGCCCAGCUGUGUGUCCAUGAAGAGUCACGAGUCGAUGGAUCAUCCAUUACGCUUCAGAGAGGGAGAUGGUUCUCCUGCUGAGAGUUUCCAAAAGGAGAAAAUAAUGAAGAUAAAUCAUUUAGAGUCCAUAUUUAAGAAUCUGGAGCACAAACUAAUCUCUCUGGUGAAGAAAGAGCUGAAGAGGUUCAAGAAGCUGCUGAGUGCAGAUUACCCAGCAUGCUCUGAGAGAGAGGUGGAGGGUGAGGAGGAUCAGAGCAGUUCCAGAGAUGAGGUGCUGAAGAUCACACUGAACAUGCUGAGGAACAUGGAGCAGACAGACCUCGCUAACACCCUACAGAGCAAGCUGGUCUUUAUGUAUCAGGAAGAACUAAAAUCCAAACUCACAGAGAAAUUUAACAGGAUUAAUGAGGGAAUCUCCCAGCAUGGAACACCAAUCCUUCUGAAUGAGAUCUACACAGAGCUCUACAUCACAGAGGGAGGGAGUGGAGAGGUCAAUGAUGAACAUGAGGUCAGACAGAUUGAGACAGCAUCCAGGAGACCAGCAACACAGGAGACACCCAUCAAAUGCAAUGACCUCUUUAAAGACAGAUCCAUCAGAACUGUGCUGACUAAAGGAGUCGCUGGAAUUGGAAAAACAGUCUCUGUGCAGAAGUUCAUUCUGGACUGGGGUGAAGAAAAAGCAAACCAGGACAUCCUCUUCAUAUUUCCACUUCCUUUUAGAGAACUGAACUUGAUGAAGAAGAGAAAGUUCAGUCUGAUGGAGCUUCUUCAUUGCUUUUUCCCAGAAACAAAACAAUUAAGAUCAAUAAAAAGUGAUGAUUACAAAGUCUUGUUCAUCUUUGAUGGUCUGGACGAGUGUCGACUUCCUCUAGAUUUCCAGAACAAUGAGAGCCUGUGGGAUGUAACAGAUUCAGCCUCAGUGGAUGUGCUGCUGACAAACCUCAUCAAGGGGAACCUGCUUCCCUCGGCUCUCCUCUGGAUAACCUCUCGACCAGCAGCAGCCAAUCAGAUCCCUCCUGAGUGUGUUGACCUGGUAACAGAGAUACAAGGGUUCAGUGACCCUCAGAAAGAGGAGUACUUCAGGAAGAGAAUCAGUGACCAGAGCCUGGCCAAUAAAAUCAUCUCACACAUGAGGUCCUCAAGAAGCCUCUACAUCAUGUGCCACAUCCCAGUCUUCUGCUGGAUUGCAGCCAUUGUUCUAGAGAGAGUGUUGGGUGGAGCAGAGAGUGGAGAGAUCCCCAAGACUCUGACUCAGAUGUUCACCCACUUCCUGAUCUUUCAGAUUAAACACAAGAACCAAAAGUACCAUGGGAAAUAUGACACUGAUCUUCAGCAGGCUAGAAAGAUGAUUCUGGCACUGGGAAAACUGGCUUUCCAACAGCUGGAGAAAGGCAAUCUGAUCUUCUAUGAGGAAGACCUGAGAGAGUGUGGCGUUGAUGUCAGAGAAGUGUCAGUGUACUCAGGAGUUUGUACCCAGAUCUUCAGAGAGGAGUUUGGGCUGCACCUGGGGAAGGUGUUCUGUUUUGUGCACCUGAGUGUUCAGGAGUUUCUGGCUGCUUUAUAUGCAUCUCUGUCCUUCAUCAGCAAAGAUGGAACAAAACAGCUGACCACUGAUCUCUCUGGUAUUUUCAGAGAGUCCAGCAUGUCAGACUUCCUCAAGUCUGCAGUGGACAAGGCCUUACAGAGUGAGAAGGGACACCUGGACCUCUUCCUCCGGUUCCUUCUGGGCCUUUCACUGGAGUCCAAUCAGACUCUCUUACGAGGCCUACUGACCCAGACAGGAAGCAGGUCUCACAGCAAAGAGGAAACAGUCCAGUACAUCAAGGAGAAGAUCAGGGAGAAUCCCUCUCCAGAGAAAUCCAUCAAUCUGUUCCACUGUCUGAAUGAACUGAAUGAUCAUUCUCUGGUGAAGGAAGUUCAGAAAUACCUAAACAGUAAAUAUUACAGUCGUCUCGAUGGAGUCAGUCUCUCUCCUGCCCAGUGGUCAGCUCUGGUGUUUGUGUUGCUGAACUCAGAAGAGGAGCUGGAAGAGUUUGACCUGAAUAAAUAUGACAGAUCAGAGGAAUGUGUUCUGAAUAUGCUGCCAGUGAUCAAAGCAUCCAGAAGAGUUGUGCUGCAAGCCUGUAAUCUCACAGAGAAAAGCUGUGCAGCUCUGUUCUCAGCUCUCAGCUCAAACUCAUCAAGUCUGAGAGAACUCGAGCUGGAAAACUGCAUUAAACUGCAGGAUUCAGGAGCAGAGAUGCUCUCUAAUCUCUGCUGCUCUCUUCUGGAGAACCGUCACUGUAAACUGGAGAAACUGAAGCUGCAUAAGUGCAGUAUUAAAGGUGAAGGGUUUGCUGCUCUGGCUUCAGCUCUAAAGUCAAACUCCUCCUCUAACCUGAGAGAGCUGCACCUAGACUCCAGUAUACCAGGAGAUACAGGACUGAAGUUGCUCUCUGAUCUGCUGGAGGAUCCAUCCUGUAAACUGGAGAAAUUGUCCAUCACAAUCACAGACCCCUGAUCUCAACCCCAUCCAACACCUUUCAGAUUACCUAGAAUGGAGAUUGUGAGCCAAACCCUCUCGUCCAACAGAGUCUGACCUCACAAAUGCUCUUCUGGAUGAAUGGACACAAAUUCCUACAGACACUCUCCACAAUCUUGUAGAAGCUUCCUAGAAGAGUGGAAGCUGUUAAAGCUUCAAAGUGGGACUGACUCCAUAUUAAUUCCUAUGGAUUUAGAACGGGAUUCAUAAAGGCUCAUGUAGGUGCAAUGUGUAGGUGUCCCAAUGCUUUUGUCCAGAUGGUGUAUUAGUCUAUAGUUUCUAUCCAUUCACAAAGAACCUUCCUUUGUUUCCUGAAAGUUGAAGGAUGUAUUACUCACACAAUGAUGAAAACCUGAUAUGUCGCUUGCAAAUGACAGCUUUGUAGAAAAGCCCCAUAUAACCCCAUUCAUUUUACACUCGCUCAUGAGCACCCUCUAGUGUCUGAUCUUCUUCAUCUCCAUAGGUUUUACCCUGGAACACUUUAUUCAUCCUCUAUACACAAAUUUGGUCUCAUUUUUCACUAACAUCAUUUAGAUUCAUGUAUUCAUGUAUUUAACUCUUUAGUUAAGCUUCUCCGUUUGAUGUAGUGUGUUUAUGGAGAUGUGUUGGCUUAUUAUUAAAUAAAGCUUUCAUCAAUCA